UGAUACCUAAUGCUGAGUUAAGGCUAUUAUUUAUUUAAAUUCACCGCAUACUUUAAAUUUCAGUAGCGAUAGAGUUUGUAAUUUUUACGCCUGACGGAAAACUAAUCAUUUUAUUCAUAGCGUUAAGACUGAGGACCGUGCAAAAAAUAUUUGACAAUCGUUUAAACAUACAAUCAAUAAUACCACCAAUAAUCACUAUUCGCAACCCAAACUACAUAACUUAACUAAACCUGCAUAAAGAAACACGCUAGUUACAUCACCUGCCUCUACACCUGCGCAAGCUAUUUUACGUCGCCAAGCCGAUCUUAUCGCCGCUAACAAUGCCACAUUGUUUCCUUUACCCUCAAGAAUACAUAAAACAAGCCCUAGUUUCCGAAACAACGCAUUACAGCCUAAACACAGCUAAGAAAACUUCGCACAAUAUCCGUGACUGAGCUGAGGGUACAAUGCAGUGCUAGCUAAAAAGUGAAUACAUGAAAAGUUAAAAUGGAAAAAAUCAUCGUGGUGUUAUCUUUAGCCUUAUCAGUAAACGCUUAUAAGUUCUUCUCGAAUAAGCUGGACAACGAACCAUCCUUAUCAAUACUGUAUACUCACGACAAAAGCAGCGACAUGGUGGUUCAAGACUGCCUCAGCGAAAUGUAUCCGCGCAAGCUCUACAAGUAUCCGUUACGUAUUGAUAGAAACGACGUACCUUGCAUAAUACAUUGUGUGCUCAAGAAGUUCAAGAUUAUGACCAACGAUGGAGUGAUCAACGUAAGAAAUUACUACAGAAGAGUGGCGGCUAUACAUAGAUAUGACCCGCGGAUUCUCAUUUCGGAUGUGGGCGACACGUGUGCGAAGAACAUUAACAAUAUGAAUUUAGAUCAUGAUGUGUGUAAGAAGGCAAAAGUGUUUAACGACUGUACGCAGUUAUAUGCCAUCUCCUUAACGGAAAACUAUAAUUAAAUUGUGUACUCAAUGAAACGAAUGAUUUCGUAAUAAGAUUUUUGUAAUGCGUACUUAUAUAUGUUUUAUAAAUAAAAUAUAAUUCUCAGAAACAAAAUUUAUUAUAUAUAUAAAAAUACUUGAA